AUGGCCAAGGUUUGCAUGGACAUCAACACAACCCACAUGAACCUGUUUGACACCGCCUAUAGCAGCAUUCACGGCAACAAGGACACAGAGGCACGACCGAUCGACACGAGUCAAGGGGUACAAAAUCCAAGCGAGAAGCUAUUGAACUCCCAGGAGCACUCUCGUCGUAUCCGCGCUCAGAUGGCAUCAAGCAGCCCACUGUUCGUUCCAUGGGUGAAAGGCUUCUCCGACAAGUACUCAUGGGGCGAGAGUCAGUCACAGGUGCAAGACCUUGCAGUGUCCACCAUGGAGACUGCUAUCAAUUCUGCCAUUUAUGCCACGGAUACCCAAUCGCAAUUUGGCUUCGAGCCUAUCUGCCCUACUGAGUCCUGUGCCUUCGCCGACUUCGAGAGUCUCGGGUUCUGCUCUUCCUGCGAAGAUGUGACAAGCACGACGAAGUUGGAGGAUUGCAAUUUCAACUUUACCUUGGAAGACUUUCGAGCGCUCUCGGUUCAGGAAGCGGCCACAUCGGCUGUUCUCAACACAUCCUGCAAGGCAGUAUUCGAGAUGUCCAGGUACCACGACCGAGUCUAUCAUGGUUUCGAGCACGUUUUCGACGUAAAUAUUACGCUGCUACUGCAGAAUAAAGAAUAUUACGACAGCAAAAAGGACCCCUUGGGGAUCGGAGAUGGGGGCUGGAACAUCUGGCAACCGAGCAUCAUCACAUAUCCUUCCCAGAUCACAUGGAUCGUGAACAGGGCCAAAGUAUGGGCUCUGGAUGGUCCGCGAGAAUAUUUCGAUUUCGACAGCUUCCCUGAAGACAAGGACGGGCUGAAAAGCCGAAAUGGAGACCAGACAAGAUGGAACAGUGUCUUCAACGACACUGAAGCCGCAUUGCUGUCCGUAGGCAAUGUGACACUAGGCUACAACGAGGAGGUGGAGAAGCUCGCGAUUCAACACGCCACUGUCUGCUCGAUCAAAUCCUGCGUCCAACGCCAUUCGAUAUCGGUGAACAACUUGACUACCUCAUCGAAGGUAGUUGCUACACGCAUGGGAUCGUUCUAUAUCAACCCAGGUUAUGUAUAUUCUUGGCUCGAAAAUACAAAACCAUUAGAGACGAUCACAAGCGUGAACUCGAGCAUUCUGAACUCAGUCAACCUCACCUCCUUCUUUCGGUACGACCUUGCAAACAACGAGGGUAGAGAACUCGGUGGUGGGCCUGGAGAAGGCGUAUCCACGGAUCCUGUACAGAUUGCGAUUGACAGAGCUAUCUGCGGAGAAAGCACAUCUAGUGACCAGCUCGAACCGACCUACUUCGCUGUCACGGGCGAUUCGGCGAAUCUCACGAGCUUCCUCGACGACGGAAGGCUCUGCAAGAUUCGACCGACUUCCAACCAAACCAACAUCGUCGAGACUACCGAGGUAUCUAUAAGUAACUUGAAGGUGGCCAACGAGCAAGGUGGUUUGGAGUGGCUCAUGCCCAAAAUUGCCGAGGCUCUGAGCAGGUCGAUGCGCGACCGAUCCAACCUAACGGUCACAGGACAGGUUGGCAUCAUUGCACUCGGGUCGGUGUUUCUGUUGGCCACGGUGUGGCUUACGAGGGCGCCUGAUCAGUACCUGUGGAAGAGCUCCAGUCUGCCACUGUUUUUCCACGGCCUGGAGACGCAGAGUGCGGAGGGCAUGAAAGACCAAGAAGCGCUUGACUCCGGAGUUCCCACUGCCCAUAUGAGUGCCAUGGAAAAGAUGGUUAAGCGCACGAGAGCUUCGCUGGCGACAGAUGGUGAGACAGUCACACCUUCGAAUUCGAACCGAGCCGCCCACCCACUCCCCAGAUCAUCGACUUCGAGAUCGUCCAGAAGCUACGGCAGCUAUGACACUGGAGAAUCCAGCACCGCUGCUAGCUUGAUACACGACCCCUCGACGGCAACGACCAACUUGGCCCACCCCCGCCGUUAUAACGCCAGCGAACGAAGUCCAAGCCCUUCAUCGCUCGAGCAUGGAAACGGGGACCUCAAUCAGGCAGUCCACCGCCGCCGACCGUCGCAUAAGCCGCGAUCGAGUGGUGGCUUCCUUCUCCCCAAUGCUAUAGCCGACGAGUCCCCCAAGUCGGGUCCAGCUAGCCGAGAUGGAGGUCGCAGACACUCCCGCAUCCCCGUGGGGAAUCGCAAAGGAAAGAGCCCCCUGAAUACUUCGGACAGGUCGGGCGCGACAGAACCCACACACGAGGGGCUUGGUACCGAUGCUCGGGAUGUGGUGGCUUCGAGUCGCGGACAACGCCCUGCCCGCCACACCGCGAACCAUCAUGAUGAGAGACGACAGAGUCAAGGGCCGAGGCCAGCGUCCAGGAUCCCGUCCCCACAGCCAGCUGCAGCACCAUUCGACAUGGACUCGACACAGAUUGUGAAUAUGGCUUUGAAUUUGAGUGAGUCGAGGAGACUAGCUUCGAGGAGAAACAUAUCGACUCCCAUCCCGCCACGUCUUUCGCCGGUUGCCGACAACGCUGCUGGAGGUAGUCUUAGGCAGCACCUACAGCAGCAGAGACGGAGCUCGCGCAACAUCUCUCCCAGGCCCGGGAGCGGUCUGGCACCUAGGAACGUGUCGACCCCGAUGACAAGUAGUCCUCUACAUCCGACAUUCGAGCACGAGGGUAGCUAUACUUAUCAUUUCUCGUCUUCCACACUCAACCGAGCACAGAAGGCGAAGGAGCACCUUGAGCUUAUGGCACAAUACAGAAGGCUUCUACAGUUUGUCCCACCCUUGAAGCAAGAUACGCGUUCUAGGCCGUCCACAUCCAGUCCUCCCACCUCACCCACAGCUGCCGGCCCGCCUGCAAAUAUGCUCCCUAGCCCUCAGCCGCGAACUCUUGGUCGGCCGUACAAUCCUCUUCAGUACGUCCGGAAUCGAAAAAUUCGGAAUCGUGAACGGAAAACUAUCGACGGAGAAGCACAAGGCUUUGCAGACACUUCGAGGGUCACAGACUGGAUUGACGAGGCUGCCACACUUGCAGCUACCUCGGCUCUGAUGAAGGAGCCUUCUGGAUUGCCACCUUUUCCUGGAGCUCAGGAGCAUUAUAAUGAGCAGUUAUCAGCUUCCAACAUCCCCAGACCAACUUCUGCUACGGGGAAGGGCAAAAGGCCAAGGAUUGAUUGGGUUUUAGAUCCAGCGGAUAUGCUUGCGGAUGCGUACUGGCUAGAGCAGGGGGACAAUAGACAUCUUGUCGAGGACCGUCAUUAUGCUAAGAUAUUCCCCCGGAAUCCAGAGGCUUACAUGCCAUCAUCCCGUCAGGCAGAUAAGCAAGGCACAUUUGCUCCUUUUGGACGGGCCAGCAAGGAAGAAGAUCGCAAUACUUCUACAGGAUUGGAACUUGAAGAUUCUACGCCAGCGAGAGCAGAUACGGAGACCUCUACUAUCAGCGCAAAAGAUCGUGCUCGGCAGAAGCUUCAAGAUCUUAGAGGGAUGCACCAUAGACAUGGCAGUUCUGUGCAUAGUCACGACAACUUCCUCCGGUUUAGGAGAGGCUCACUAUCGGAUACAUCAGACAGCGAGGGUGAUCGCAAGCGGAGAGGCCGCGGCGGGACUGUCAGUGCUAAUAGCCAAGACCUACUCGAGAAGCAGAUGUUGGAGUUGCUGGCCAAGGAGGCAAGGGAAGAGCAGAAGGGGAGUCGCACCGGGCCUGAUGGAGGCUACUUCAAACCAUUUCCAGCUGGCUUAACUACACCCGAAAGAAGCACCAAGACCCCUAAACGAGAACUUAGUCCGAAGGGCACGAGGCUUGAGGGUGCCGAUUAUCAAGACAAAACCCCCGUCGGAAGGGUCCCCGUCGGAAGGGUUUUGCAAGAGUCUCCUAUUGCUUCUGGGCGCCAGAGCUUGGAAGUGCCUCCCCAUAUCUACCGAGCGUCGAUGGACUUGGAUUCCUCGCGUCCAGUAUCACCAGAUUCCAAGCCAAUGCGACGCCGCACUACCCACAUGCCGGCCAUUGGCAUGGAUCUUUCGCCAUCUGGAAGUCGACCUGGUUCACCUGUCCGCAACAACCCAUUCUCCAAGGUCAAGAGGGUUUUCCGUGAUCGUAGUCGAGAACGUGGUGACCAUGGACCUCAUGAGAAAGAGGAGAAGAUGGACAGUCCUGUGGAGCAGAUGGAGCCGCUCAAUAUAUCAACAAUGACCAAAGAGGGCUUUCAGUUCCCGGUACGACGCAGAUCGAAGAGCCCCAUCCCCAGGAUCAUCCCAAGGACCACGAAUGAUACUCAAAAAUCUCACCGAAGCAUGGGGAGCUUGAUACUCAAAGGCGACGAACAAACAGGCCUCAAGAGCAUAUUUAAAGGAGGCACAAAGCUGGAUGGAAUGAUCCGAGGUAGCGUUUCCAAGGUGUCGGACUUUAUUUGGAAGAAAGACUCGGAGCUGGAUCCCGCCUGCUCCUCCUCCACAUCAAGCGACGAGUCGGAUGUCGAGCAAAAGAGAGGUAGGCUCGGGGACUCGAUAUCCUUGUCUCGAAGCAGCUCCAAGCGUCCGCGCGACGGUCGAAAUGCGAAGAACUAUUUGGAUAUCAUGCCGGCAUUUGAAUCGGCGAAUGACUCCCUCGACAAAUCGAUUUCUCAUGAAGCAGAUAUAGAUCAGCUUUACCAUAGUGCAACACAACCCCCGAGUAGGUCAGCUCGCUUUGAUCAGCUCAAACCACCGCGCAUCGACAUCCGCAGAGCAUCUCCCUCCGAGUCCGAGCUCGAGCAAGUUAGAAACCAGCAAGCACACGACUCGGACAGUUCCGACACGGACUCGCCACCUCCCGAUUCGGGCGGCUACACAGCCCGGCCUAGGCAGACGUCUCAGGAGCUCAACAAUAUUCUUACAAUCCCAGCAGCACGUGCUCAAAAGGCACGGACACGCGGCAACUCGACCUCUCAGCCACCCAAAGGUCGUCAUUGGUCGAUAACGGACCGCAACGAGUCUCCGCGGCGUGCUCCAAUCUCCAAGCGGGAGCUUGGGCGUCUCCGCACACUUAUCCUCUGUUCGGGGAUCAAAGCCAUGGAGAUUUCGCGGCGCGCAAACGAGCCUCACCCUCUGUUUGCACUUGACAACAAAACCAUGGGUUUGCCUUGGACAGACACAAGCCGAUUCGCGUCAGACGAACAGGUCAGCCUCAGUCUACCGCAGACGCAGCUGUUCCCGGCCACAGCACACAUUCUGUCCGAUGGCGUUGAUCGCUCAGUCGAGAACUUUGAAGCGUCAAAGGCCGAGUUUUUAACAGAGACUGCGCCGACGCUCCAAAGCAAAAUCGACCACUUUCAUGGGCGUAUCGCCACGGACCUCGUGGAUAUGACACGCCGCGCAGUUGACGAGGCCGACGAGGUCAGCCGCGACGUCGUGGAUACGCAGCGGCUCAAGGUCAAGAGUGUCCUGGAUACGAUGGAUAAGAUGCUAAGAGGUCGGCGGAGGCGUUUCCGCUGGGUGCGCAGGGCGGGUUGGCUUGCCGUCGAGUGGGUUCUCGUGGGGUUCAUGUGGUACGUGUGGUUUGUCGUCAUGAUUACGAGGAUCUUCCUCGGGGUCGGCAAGGGCGUCGUUAAUGUCGUCCGAUGGCUGCUCUGGCUGUAG